AUAGCUCAGGAUUACCGAACAUGUGUCUGCCCAUUCAUUGAUGUCAUCGACUUCGAAACAUUUGCAUACCGAGCCCAGGAUGAAGGUGCCCGGGGAGCUUUCGACUGGGAACUAUUCUAUAAGCGUCUACCCUUGCUGCCCAAAGAUAAGGAAAACAUGCCCGAACCCUUUAAGAGCCCCGUCAUGGCAGGAGGCCUCUUUGCCAUCAGUACCAAAUUUUUCUGGGAGUUAGGGGGGUAUGACCCCGGCCUCGACAUCUGGGGUGGUGAACAGUACGAGCUUUCCUUUAAGAUCUGGCAGUGUGGUGGUACCAUGGUGGAUGCCCCUUGCUCUCGCAUUGGUCAUAUAUACAGAAAGUUUGCCCCAUUCCCCAACCCUGGGAUGGGUGACUUUGUUGGGCGGAACUACCGCCGUGUGGCUGAGGUUUGGAUGGAUGAGUAUGCGGAAUUCAUCUACAAGCGCCGGCCACACUACCGCAAUAUCGAUCCGGGUGAUCUUUCAGAGCAGAAGGCCAUCCGUGAGAAGCUGCAGUGCCGCCCCUUCCGCUGGUUCAUGGAGGAGGUUGCACCUGACCUGGUCAAAGUGUAUCCUCCUGUGGAGCCUCCAGACUUUGCCAGCGGGAAGAUCCAGAGUAUUGUAGACUCUAACCUUUGUGUCGACACAAGAUACAAGCGGCAUGGAGACCGAUUUGGUCUGCAGGAAUGUGGUCAUGGGGGUGAGCAGUCCUUCCAUUUGACCUGGCAUAAGGAUAUACGGCCAGGCAAGCGUUCAGUGUGCUGGGAUGUCUCCAGUGGUGAUGCUCAGGCACCAGUUUUGCUCUACAACUGCCACGGCAUGGGAGGAAACCAGAUGUGGAGAUACGAUCCGAAUAAAAAGUGGCUAGUUCAUGGAGGAAACCCAAGAUGCUUGGACAGCAACCCAGGAAACAAGGAGCUCUUUGUAGCCAUGUGUGACCCAAACCGUGAUACUCAGAAAUGGAGCUUUGAGAAGUAUGAUGCACAGCGACUGGCCAAGUGGGAUCAGGCAGGACCUGGUUUGUAGUUACUUGUUUUGCCCAGCCUCUCAUUCUUCCAAAGCAUUGUCAGAAAUAGAGAUUGAUUUAUAUUAUU